CCCAUCUUGUGUAGAGGGAUACCAGAUCCUGCAGAGGAAGGAUUAGAAUCGUGACUAAAACACUUCUUUGGCUUGGAAUAUAUUCUAUCUUUGAUGAGGAGUGUUUCUUGACUUUACGCUUGUUUCUGGGAGCUACAUGAGGCAUUUUAUUCGACAGGAAAUUUGUUUUUCUGACUUUUACAUAUUAUCGAAGAGAACAAUGAGACGGCAAGUGUUGUUUUUCAUCACGCUCUAUUUUGCCAUUCCUGUGUUCGGCCAGGUCAGUUACACGAUUAACGAGGAAAUGUCGUUGGGUUCCGUAGUCGGAAAUGUGGCUGAGGAUUUGGGUUUAGAUGCAAAAAGGCUGAAAUCACGUAAUGCUCGUGUCUAUUUUGGUGAUAGCAGUGAAUACGUUGAGCUGAAUAGAGCCACGGGAGUCCUUCUAAUCAAAGAAAGAAUAGACAGAGAGGCGCUCUGCGCACAGACGAUGCCAUGUGUUGUGCAUUUUCAAAUUAUCUUAGAGAAACCUAUCGAAUUUUAUAGGAUACUGCUUGACAUCUUAGACAUUAAUGAUAAUCCCCCGACCUUUGAGAAAAGCGAUAUCAAAUUUAAAUUAAGCGAAUCUGCAGUCACCGGGGCGAAAUUUGAUUUGGAAGGGGCGGUAGAUUUCGAUGUUGGAAGUAAUGGGCUCCAAACCUACGUCCUUGAGCCGACUGAUAAUUUUGCUCUAAAACUACACAAUCAGGCAGACGGCUCUAGUACUGUUGAGAUGAUUUUAAAACAGCCACUUGACAGAGAGAAAAACGAGCAUUUAUCUUUAGUGUUAACGGCUGUAGAUGGAGGAGAACCUCGCAUGUCUGGAACAAUGCAGAUCCUCAUCACGGUGUUAGAUGCCAAUGAUAACGCACCCGUUUUCACAAAACCAGUAUACAAAGCUACUGUUGCAGAAAAUUCUCCAAAAGGCACAGCUGUGACAAUAGUUAGUGCAUCAGAUGCCGACCAGGGUUCUAAUGGAAGAAUAACCUAUUCGAUCAGAAACACGUUAGAUGAUGUCAGACAUUUGUUUGAGAUAAAUGAACAUUCUGGUGAAGUUAGAUUAAUUGGAAAUAUUGACUACGAAAAGUCACGAAAUUAUCUAAUACAUUUACGUGCAAGUGACGACGGAGGACUAACUGAUAUGUGCAAAUUAAUAGUUGACAUCAUAGAUGUAAAUGAUAAUAACCCACUGAUUGAUGUAAUGUCUAAAACAAAUGUGAUAUCGGAGGAUGUGGAAAGCAAUACUGUCGUGACAAUAAUUAACAUUCAAGACUUAGACGACGGUGAAAAUGGCAAAGUCAGAUGCACAAUAAAUGAAAAUGUUCCUUUCUUAUUGAAAUCUACUGACAAUAAUUUUUAUAGCCUAGUGACAGACAGUGAAUUAGACAGAGAGAGAGCCUCAGAGUAUAACAUCACAGUGACCUGCUCUGAUGAGGGAGUGCCCUCCCUCUCCAGCAGCGUCACUCUCACCUUACAGAUCUCUGAUGUCAAUGACAACGCUCCUGUCUUUGAGAGGAGCUCAUAUGAGGCCUACAUUGUAGAAAACAACACUCCAGGUCUCUCCAUAUUCACAGUGAAAGCCAGAGACGCUGACUGGAACCAGAAUGCCCGUGUUUCUUACAUACUGGAGGACUCCUCUGUUAACGGAGUGCCAGUCUCCUCAUAUGUGUCCGUUAGUGCUGAUAGUGGAGUCAUCCAUGCAGUGCGCUCUUUUGACUACGAGCAGAUCAAAGAUUUCCACUUCCGCGUCAAAGCUCAGGAUGGAGGCUCUCCUCCACUCAGUAGUAAUGUGACAGUGAAAAUACUGAUCCAGGACCAGAACGACAACCCCCCUCAGGUCCUGUACCCAGUCCAGACUGGAGGCUCUGUGGUGGCUGAAAUGGUGCCUCGUUCAGCAGAUGUGGGCUAUCUGGUCACUAAAGUGGUGGCUGUUGAUGUGGACUCUGGACAGAAUGCCUGGCUCUCCUAUAAACUGCAGAAAGCCACAGACAGGGCGCUGUUUGAAGUGGGCUUACAGAAUGGAGAAAUCAGAACUAUCCGCCAGGUGACUGAUAAAGACACAGUGAAACAGAGACUGACUGUUAUAGUGGAGGACAACGGGCAGCCCUCUCGUUCAGCUACAGUCAUUGUUAACGUGGCGGUGGCGGACAGCUUCCCUGAAGUGCUGUCGGAGUUCACUGACUUUCCACACGACAAGGAGUACAAUGACAACCUGACUUUUUACUUAGUGCUGGCUCUGGCUGUAGUUUCCUUCCUCUUCAUCACCUGUUUAGUGGUUAUUAUAUCAGUGAAGAGCGACAGGUGGAGACAGUCUCGCAUCCUGUAUCACUCCAAUCUCCCUGUGAUUCCAUAUUAUCCACCACGUUACUCAGACACUUUGGGGACAGGGACUCUCCAACACGUGUACAACUACGAGGUGUGUAGGACGACUGACUCCAGGAAGAGUGACUGUAAGUUUGGUGGAGCUGGUAGUCAGAACGUGUUGAUAAUGGACCCCAGUUCUACAGGGACGAUGCAGCAGAUACAGGGUGAGAAGAGCAUCCUGGAUGAACCUGACUCUCCUCUAGAGGUCACCUAUUCCGUUCCCGAGGAAAUGACUAAAGGCUCUCUGGUUGGUAACAUAGCACAGGAUUUAGGUUUGGACGUGAAAAGACUGAAGUCAGGUAAAGCUCGCAUAUAUACUGAGGGCAAUGCAGAAUACAUCGAGCUGAAUAAAGACAGAGGAGUCCUGCUAGUGAAAGAGAGAAUCGACAGGGAGGCGCUUUGUGGACAGACAACUCCUUGCGCUUUGCAUCUUCAAAUUACGCUGGAGGACCCGAUUGAAUUCUAUACAGUUACAGUUGAAAUUAAUGACAUCAACGAUAAUGCGCCGAGCUUCCAAAAGGAUGAGAUGAAAUUCAGAAUUAGCGAGUCGGCUGUAAUUGGAGCAAAAUUUGUGCUAGAAAGAGCAAUGGAUCUGGAUGUCGGUGUCAAUGGAUUGCAGAGUUAUUCAUUAAAACCUACAGACAACUUUAAUCUAAAACUCCAAAAUCAGCAAGAUGGGAGUAAAAAGGUGGAGAUGGUUUUGCAAAAACAUCUAGACAGAGAGGCGCAAGAGCACCUCUCUUUAACACUCACAGCUACUGAUGGUGGUGAUCCUCAGCUGGCCGGAACAAUGAGAGUAGAAAUUUCAGUGCUAGAUGCUAAUGACAAUGCCCCGGUUUUUACGCAGGAAGUCUACAAGGCUAUCAUUGUGGAGACUGCUCCAAUAGGCACAAUCUUAAAUACCGUUAGUGCCGUAGAUGCAGAUGAAGGUUCCAAUGGAAAAGUGUCCUAUUCAAUAACAAACACAUUGGAUGAUGUGCAUACUAAGUUUAAAAUCGACGACAACAGCGGUGUAAUAUCUUUAACAGGAAAUAUGGAUUAUGAAAAGGCACAGCACUAUGAAAUACACGUACAAGCCAGUGAUGACGGAGGACUAACAGACUCGUGUAAGAUUAUUGUUGAGGUGAUCGAUACGAACGAUAAUAACCCAUCUAUUAAUAUAAUGUCUAAGACAAAUUCUGUAUCAGAAGAUUCUAAGCCAGGAACGGUGGUAACCAUAUUUAAUGUGCAAGAUCCUGAUUCUGGAAACAAUGGCAAAGUCGCAUGUAAUAUCAACGAACACCUGCCAUUUGUGAUGAAAUCAACGUCUAAAAAAUUCUUUAGCUUAGUCACAGACAGUGAAUUAGACAGAGAGAGAGCCUCAGAGUAUAACAUCACAGUGACCUGCUCUGAUGAGGGAGUGCCCUCCCUCUCCAGCAGCGUCACUCUCACCUUACAGAUCUCUGAUGUCAAUGACAACGCUCCUGUCUUUGAGAGGAGCUCAUAUGAGGCCUACAUUGUAGAAAACAACACUCCAGGUCUCUCCAUAUUCACAGUGAAAGCCAGAGACGCUGACUGGAACCAGAAUGCCCGUGUUUCUUACAUACUGGAGGACUCCUCUGUUAACGGAGUGCCAGUCUCCUCAUAUGUGUCCGUUAGUGCUGAUAGUGGAGUCAUCCAUGCAGUGCGCUCUUUUGACUACGAGCAGAUCAAAGAUUUCCACUUCCGUGUCAAAGCUCAGGAUGGAGGCUCUCCUCCACUCAGUAGUAAUGUGACUGUGAAAAUACUGAUCCAGGACCAGAACGACAACCCCCCUCAGGUCCUGUACCCAGUCCAGACUGGAGGCUCUGUGGUGGCUGAAAUGGUGCCUCGUUCAGCAGAUGUGGGCUAUCUGGUCACUAAAGUGGUGGCUGUUGAUGUGGACUCUGGACAGAAUGCCUGGCUCUCCUAUAAACUGCAGAAAGCCACAGACAGGGCGCUGUUUGAAGUGGGCUUACAGAAUGGAGAAAUCAGAACUAUCCGCCAGGUGACUGAUAAAGACACAGUGAAACAGAGACUGACUGUUAUAGUGGAGGACAACGGGCAGCCCUCUCGUUCAGCUACAGUCAUUGUUAACGUGGCGGUGGCGGACAGCUUCCCUGAAGUGCUGUCGGAGUUCACUGACUUUCCACACGACAAGGAGUACAAUGACAACCUGACUUUUUACUUAGUGCUGGCUCUGGCUGUAGUUUCCUUCCUCUUCAUCACCUGUUUAGUGGUUAUUAUAUCAGUGAAGAGCGACAGGUGGAGACAGUCUCGCAUCCUGUAUCACUCCAAUCUCCCUGUGAUUCCAUAUUAUCCACCACGUUACUCAGACACUUUGGGGACAGGGACUCUCCAACACGUGUACAACUACGAGGUGUGUAGGACGACUGACUCCAGGAAGAGUGACUGUAAGUUUGGUGGAGCUGAGUAUAACAUCACAGUGACCUGCUCUGAUGAGGGAGUGCCCUCCCUCUCCAGCAGCGUCACUCUCACCUUACAGAUCUCUGAUGUCAAUGACAACGCUCCUGUCUUUGAGAGGAGCUCAUAUGAGGCCUACAUUGUAGAAAACAACACUCCAGGUCUCUCCAUAUUCACAGUGAAAGCCAGAGACGCUGACUGGAACCAGAAUGCCCGUGUUUCUUACAUACUGGAGGACUCCUCUGUUAACGGAGUGCCAGUCUCCUCAUAUGUGUCCGUUAGUGCUGAUAGUGGAGUCAUCCAUGCAGUGCGCUCUUUUGACUACGAGCAGAUCAAAGAUUUCCACUUCCGUGUCAAAGCUCAGGAUGGAGGCUCUCCUCCUCUCAGUAGUAAUGUGACUGUGAAAAUACUGAUCCAGGACCAGAACGACAACCCCCCUCAGGUCCUGUACCCAGUCCAGACUGGAGGCUCUGUGGUGGCUGAAAUGGUGCCUCGUUCAGCAGAUGUGGGCUAUCUGGUCACUAAAGUGGUGGCUGUUGAUGUGGACUCUGGACAGAAUGCCUGGCUCUCCUAUAAACUGCAGAAAGCCACAGACAGGGCGCUGUUUGAAGUGGGCUUACAGAAUGGAGAAAUCAGAACUAUCCGCCAGGUGACUGAUAAAGACACAGUGAAACAGAGACUGACUGUUAUAGUGGAGGACAACGGGCAGCCCUCUCGUUCAGCUACAGUCAUUGUUAACGUGGCGGUGGCGGACAGCUUCCCUGAAGUGCUGUCGGAGUUCACUGACUUUCCACACGACAAGGAGUACAAUGACAACCUGACUUUUUACUUAGUGCUGGCUCUGGCUGUAGUUUCCUUCCUCUUCAUCACCUGUUUAGUGGUUAUUAUAUCAGUGAAGAUCUACAGGUGGAGACAGUCUCGCAUCCUGUAUCACUCCAAUCUCCCUGUGAUUCCAUAUUAUCCACCACGUUACUCAGACACUUUGGGGACAGGGACUCUCCAACACGUGUACAACUACGAGGUGUGUAGGACGACUGACUCCAGGAAGAGUGACUGUAAGUUUGGUGGAGCUGGUAGUCAGAACGUGUUGAUAAUGGACCCCAGUUCUACAGGGACGAUGCAGCGGAUACAGGGUGAGAAAAGCAUCCUGGAUGAACCUGACUCUCCUGUAGAGUCCACCUAUACAGCCACUGUUUUUGAAAAUGCCCCAGAAGGGACUAUUGUCACCAGUGUUACUGCAUCAGAUGCAGAUUAUGGGACGAAUGACAGUGAAUUAGACAGAGAGAGAGCCUCAGAGUAUAACAUCACAGUGACCUGCUCUGAUGAGGGAGUGCCCUCCCUCUCCAGCAGCGUCACUCUCACCUUACAGAUCUCUGAUGUCAAUGACAACGCUCCUGUCUUUGAGAGGAGCUCAUAUGAGGCCUACAUUGUAGAAAACAACACUCCAGGUCUCUCCAUAUUCACAGUGAAAGCCAGAGACGCUGACUGGAACCAGAAUGCCCGUGUUUCUUACAUACUGGAGGACUCCUCUGUUAACGGAGUGCCAGUCUCCUCAUAUGUGUCCGUUAGUGCUGAUAGUGGAGUCAUCCAUGCAGUGCGCUCUUUUGACUACGAGCAGAUCAAAGAUUUCCACUUCCGCGUCAAAGCUCAGGAUGGAGGCUCUCCUCCACUCACAAUCGUUGAUUUUAAUUCUAUCCAUGUGGAUUACAGUUUGGUUCAUUUGAAGCUGGAAUACCUCGAGAAAACAAUGAGACGGCAAGUACUGUUGUUCAUCUUGGUUCCCUCUCUCGCCUCGGUGUUCGGGCAGGUCAGCUACUCCGUUCCUGAGGAAAUGGAGAAAGGUUCAUUGGUUUGUAAUGUCGCUCAGGAUUUAGGUUUAGAUUUGAAAAGACUCAAAUCGGGUAGAGCUCGUGUUCAUUCGGGAGACAGUGUGGAAUAUAUCGAGCUGGACAGAGAAAGGGGUGUCCUCCUGAUCAAGGAGAGAAUAGACAGAGAGACGCUGUGUGGAGAAACGACGCCCUGUGCUUUACAUUUACAGAUGAUUUUGGAAAAUCCGAUGGAAUUGUUUCGCAUAACAAUAGAAGUCACAGACAUAAACGACAAUGCUCCCAGCUUUGCAUCGAGCGAGAAACGUAUUGAAAUCAGCGAGUCAGCCAUUACUGGGUCUAAAUUUCUACUGGAGAAAGCAGUCGAUGCUGAUAUUGGUGCGAAUGGUCUCCAGACAUAUUCACUUAAUCCAACAAAUAACUUUGCGUUAAAACUAGAGAAUCAAGCAGAUGGAAGUAAAAAAGUAGAAAUGGUUUUACAGAAGCCCCUAGAUCGAGAGCACCAGGAACAGAUAUCACUGUUAUUAACUGCUUUAGAUGGCGGACAGCCACGUAUGUCUGGCACAAUGCAGAUAACUGUUAUAGUCUUAGAUGUAAAUGACAAUGCGCCGGUUUUCACAAAAUCGUUAUACAAGGCUACAAUCACGGAGAAUUCCCCCAGGGGAACGAGUGUGAUAACAGUUAGUGCAUCUGACAAAGACGGUGGCUCUAAUGCAGAAAUAUCAUACGCAAUUUCAAAUAGCAAGCGUCGUUUAACCGACCUGUUUCAAAUCGAAAGAAAAACUGGAGAGGUUACCUUGCUUGGUGAAAUUGAUUAUGAAAAAGCGAAGCUCUAUCAAAUAGAUAUAGAGGCAAUCGAUAGUGGAGGACUCUCGGAUUCCAGUAAGAUUUUAAUUGAUAUCACUGAUGUAAAUGACAACAGCCCUCAGCUGAAAAUACUUUCAAAAUCAGACACCAUUUUAGAAGACUCUCCAGAGAAUACUGUAAUUGCUAUGUUAAGCGUAAAUGACCCUGACUCCGAGAGGAAUGGAGAAGUAAAGUGUAAUAUUAAUGAUGACAUUCCCUUUAAAAUACAGAACACAAUGAAUGGAUUUUUUAGUAUAUUUACAUUGCUAACCUUAGAUAGAGAGGUCGCAAACCAAUAUAACAUCACAGUGACCUGCUCUGAUGAGGGAGUGCCCUCCCUCUCCAGCAGCGUCACUCUCACCUUACAGAUCUCUGAUGUCAAUGACAACGCUCCUGUCUUUGAGAGGAGCUCAUAUGAGGCCUACAUUGUAGAAAACAACACUCCAGGUCUCUCCAUAUUCACAGUGAAAGCCAGAGACGCUGACUGGAACCAGAAUGCCCGUGUUUCUUACAUACUGGAGGACUCCUCUGUUAACGGAGUGCCAGUCUCCUCAUAUGUGUCCGUUAGUGCUGAUAGUGGAGUCAUCCAUGCAGUGCGCUCUUUUGACUACGAGCAGAUCAAAGAUUUCCACUUCCGCGUCAAAGCUCAGGAUGGAGGCUCUCCUCCACUCAGUAGUAAUGUGACUGUGAAAAUACUGAUCCAGGACCAGAACGACAACCCCCCUCAGGUCCUGUACCCAGUCCAGACUGGAGGCUCUGUGGUGGCUGAAAUGGUGCCUCGUUCAGCAGAUGUGGGCUAUCUGGUCACUAAAGUGGUGGCUGUUGAUGUGGACUCUGGACAGAAUGCCUGGCUCUCCUAUAAACUGCAGAAAGCCACAGACAGGGCGCUGUUUGAAGUGGGCUUACAGAAUGGAGAAAUCAGAACUAUCCGCCAGGUGACUGAUAAAGACACAGUGAAACAGAGACUGACUGUUAUAGUGGAGGACAACGGGCAGCCCUCUCGUUCAGCUACAGUCAUUGUUAACGUGGCGGUGGCGGACAGCUUCCCUGAAGUGCUGUCGGAGUUCACUGACUUUCCACACGACAAGGAGUACAAUGACAACCUGACUUUUUACUUAGUGCUGGCUCUGGCUGUAGUUUCCUUCCUCUUCAUCACCUGUUUAGUGGUUAUUAUAUCAGUGAAGAUCUACAGGUGGAGACAGUCUCGCAUCCUGUAUCACUCCAAUCUCCCUGUGAUUCCAUAUUAUCCACCACGUUACUCAGACACUUUGGGGACAGGGACUCUCCAACACGUGUACAACUACGAGGUGUGUAGGACGACUGACUCCAGGAAGAGUGACUGUAAGUUUGGUGGAGCUGGUAGUCAGAACGUGUUGAUAAUGGACCCCAGUUCUACAGGGACGAUGCAGCGGGUACAGGGAGAGAAGAGCAUCCUGGAUGAACCUGACUCUCCUCUAGAGGUUAGAAUGUUACCAUUCUGAUAAUCAAACAUAAUCUAUUAUUUUACCAUUUCGUUGAUGUCAUUUAGAGCUCACACCGUUUCAGUACCUUGGACAGCAGAAGAACAACCUUGUGUGUUUAGGGGCUUUUUUAGCACCUUAUGAUCCAACAUGGGACAUUUAUAUGUGUUUAGUUAAUCACGGUGACUGAAAGGGUUCAGUGUUUUCCCCUCAUUUUGUGUUAGAGGUUUUGUGAAUAAUGUUUGAAAAAGAAAAGGGUUUAUUUUAGAUCUUUGAAAUUUGUGUCUACACAGUGUUACGUUUUAAUUUCAUCCUUUAUGUGCUUUUUUUCUGAGCUUUUCCUCCUUUCUCAUCCAACAACACAUUUAUUGCAGUUUUGUAUUCUGAACUCAAU